GGAGAGGGGAGACAGAGCAAUUCCAGCUCAGUAUCCUUCCUCAUGAGGUAGGCAGUGCUUGACUAGCAGCAGCUCCAAUAUGCCUUUUUUUUCUCCUUCUUCUCCCAACUGAGCAACAUUGAUGAUACUGUGCAUUGCUCCUGCAACAAUGUCUAACCUGUGUGAGUGGCGUGUGAUAUCUGACCAGAGUUGAGAGAGAGAUAGAGAGGGGAAAAGGACGUCUGUGCCUGCUUUUUUUUUGUCAUCUGGAUGGGAAGUCUUUUUUGGGAGGAGAGACAGAAGAAAGCAGAAGGCAGCCGGGGAAGGGGAACAACUGGCAACAGCCAAUCCCCCCUUCCACAUAUAGACUGGAGACAACGGAGGCCACUGGAGUAUUUGCUUUUAUCUUUCGUUUUUUGUUCUUUUUUUUCCUCAUCGCGCUGCUGGGAGGUGCUUUACCUUUUCAUUUGCUUGCUCUCUCGGUCCUCUGUCUUCUCAUCUAUUUCGCCAUUUACCUGGUCAACAAUUUCUUCUAUUUAUGAGCCAGACAAGGAGGGAGAGAGAGGCAGAGAGACAGAGAAAAAGAGAAAGAGGAGGGGGAUUUUUUUGGCCCCUUUUAUCCUCUUUUUUUGCCCCCCCUCCCCUCCAUUCAUUCUUCCUUCCUUCCUUCCUCCCUUCUCCAUCGCUAUCACUUGCAGCCCUUUCUAUCCCUGUGCAGCCCACGCUCCCUCCUCCCUUCACCGCCUCCUCUUCCUCCUCCUCCUCCUCCUCCUCCCCCCCACCACACGGCCACUCCAGUCACUGUCCACCCGUAACUUUGGCUACUUUUCCGACUCCACCGUUGUUUUAAUUUUCCUUUUACUUUAAGCAGCUGUUAAUAGAGGCAUUUUAAUUGGCUUGCUUGUGUUUUCUAUUUAUGCCUUUUUCACUUUUGUACCUUUUCCUAUUUUCCCCCCCUCUCUUUUUUCCUCCUACCAUCCUAUGCAUCUUUUUUGGCCGAUUCUUAAAUCUAACCAUAGACUGGCAGACGUCAGAAAAACAAGCGACUCCAAGCAUCUUUGCGGAGGAACAGAAGUGAAGCUGCUCCUGUGGAGUACAAUUACCUCGAAACUGCUGCUUUACCCUCUUGACCUGGCGAGGAUUUUUACCUAAAACCGCUUUUAGCCUCCCUCAGUCUGAGGCUAUGAGAGGGAGAGAGGAGUCCCAGGCCGCACCAUCAUGCUACUUCUGAGACGCUGGGAUGAGACUUUGGCUGGCAAAACACAAGGUAUUACUCUCCCACUCCUACAUGAUGCCUGUCUGCGGACGUCACAGCCCCUCCCCGCCUCGUGGCCAUGCCGGGGCCUGCUCCUCCACCUCCCCGGUCGCCCAGGAGCAAGUCCGAGCCCUGCAUCCGCCCCCACCUCCGUCGCUCCACCGCCGCACCGGCACCUCUCUCAGCCUGUCCCUCCUUCUCCUGCUGCUCUGCCUUCUCCACCUGCCCCCGGCCUGCCACUCGCGGAGAGAGAAGGGUGGGGGAGGCGGGGGAGGCGGUGGUGGUGGCGGCGGCGGCGGCCACUACAUUCCCAUCCCCCAGCCCCCUCCCCACCACAUGGCCCUGCCCAACAUCCUGCGGGGCCUCAGCAUCGCCGUCGUCCUGGUGGGCAACUCCAGCGAGGUGGCGCUGGCCGGGGCCCGAGAGAAGGAGGACUUCAUCCACAUGGCGCCCAACGUUGAGGUGCUGACCAUGAACGAGACUGACCCCAAGAGCAUCAUCAAGAGCAUCUGCGACCUCAUGACGGAGCACUGGCUGCAGGGCGUUGUGUUCGGAGACGACACCGACCAAGAGGCCAUCGCCCAGAUCCUGGACUUCAUCUCAGCCCAGACCCACAUCCCCAUCCUCGGAGUACGCGGGGGCUCCUCCAUGAUCAUGGCUGCCAAGGAUGACAACUCCAUGUUCUUUCAAUUUGGCCCCUCCAUCGAGCAGCAGGCUUCAGUCAUUCUGAACAUCAUGGAGGAAUACGACUGGUAUAUCUUCUCUAUUGUCACAACGUACUACCCGGGUUACCAGGACUUUGUCACCAAGAUUCGUAACACCAUUGAGAACAGCUUUGUCGGAUGGGAGAUGGAGGAAGUUCUGCUGCUCGACAUGUCCGUCGAUGAUGGCGAUUCAAAGAUCCAGAACCAGCUGAAGAAGCUCCAGAGCCCUGUCAUCCUCCUUUACUGCACAAAAGAAGAAGCCAACACUAUCUUCGAGGUGGCCCACUCUGUUGGGAUCACCGGCUACGGUUACACGUGGAUCGUGCCGUCGCUGGUAGCCGGAGACACUGACGUCGUGCCUGCGGAGUUCCCCACAGGCCUGCUCUCUGUGUCCUACGAUGAGUGGGACUACGGCCUGGAGGCCCGAGUUCGUGACGGCGUGGCGAUCAUCACCAUGGCAACGUCCACUAUGAUGAUGGACCGCGGGCCUCACACCCUGUUGAAGUCCGAGUGCCACGGAGCUCCUGACAAGAAGACCCCCAUCUCAGGCAACCCCAACGAAGUGCUCAGGUACCUGAUGAAUGUGACGUUUGAGGGGCGUAAUCUGUCGUUCAGCGAGGACGGAUACCAGAUGCACCCCAAGCUGGUCAUCAUUCUGCUCAACAAGGAGAGACAAUGGGAUAGGGUGGGUAAAUGGGAGAACGGCUCCCUGUCCAUGAAGUACCAUGUGUGGCCUCGCUAUGAACUGUAUGGGGGGCAGCAAACAGAGGACGACCACCUGUCCAUUGUAACGCUGGAGGAAGCUCCGUUUGUCAUCGUGGAAGACGUGGAUCCGCUCAGUGGGACCUGCAUGAGGAACACUGUACCCUGCCGGAAACAGAUCAAAACACUCAACCAGACAAAGGAGUCGGGGAUCUACAUCAAGCGCUGCUGUAAAGGUUUCUGCAUCGACAUCCUGAAGAAGAUUGCCAAGACGGUAAAAUUCACGUACGACCUUUACCUCGUCACUAAUGGAAAGCACGGCAAGAAAAUCAACGGAACCUGGAAUGGCAUGGUGGGAGAGGUGGUGUUAAAAAACGCUCACAUGGCCGUCGGCUCCUUGACCAUCAACGAGGAGAGAUCAGAGGUCAUCGACUUCUCCGUCCCUUUCAUUGAGACGGGUAUCAGCGUCAUGGUGUCCCGUAGCAACGGCACAGUUUCGCCCUCGGCCUUCUUAGAGCCCUUCAGUGCGGAUGUGUGGGUGAUGAUGUUCGUGAUGCUGUUGCUGGUGUCAGCAGUGGCUGUGUUUAUAUUCGAGUACUUCAGCCCUGUGGGCUACAACCGCUGUCUGGCUGACGGCAAAGAGCCUCAUGGUCCGUCCUUCACCAUCGGUAAGGCCAUCUGGCUGCUGUGGGGUCUGGUCUUCAACAACUCUGUGCCGGUGCAGAACCCCAAAGGCACCACCAGUAAGAUCAUGGUGUCAGUGUGGGCCUUCUUUGCUGUCAUCUUCUUGGCCUCCUACACUGCUAACCUGGCCGCUUUCAUGAUCCAGGAGGAAUACGUGGACCAGGUAUCCGGUCUCUCAGACAAGAAGUUCCAGAGUCCCAACGACUUUUCACCUCCGUUUCGGUUUGGUACCGUCCCCAACGGCAGCACAGAGAGAAACAUCAGAAACAACUAUCCAGAAAUGCAUUCCUACAUGACAAAGUUCCAUCAGAGAAACGUCAAUGAAGCUCUGCAGAGUCUCAAAUCUGGCAAACUAGAUGCUUUCAUUUACGACGCGGCCGUGCUGAACUACAGGGCCGGCAGAGACGAGGGCUGUAAGCUGGUGACCAUCGGCAGCGGCUACAUCUUCGCCACCACAGGGUACGGCAUCGCCAUCCAGAAGGAGUCGCUCUGGAAGAGACACGUGGACCUGGCAAUCCUGCAGCUCUUUGGAGACGGUGAGAUGGAGGAGCUGGAGUCCCUGUGGUUGACCGGGAUCUGCCACCACGAGAAGAACGAGGUGAUGUCCAGUCAGCUGGACGUGGACAACAUGGCUGGGGUCUUCUACAUGCUGGGUGCCGCCAUGGCUCUCUCACUCAUCACCUUCAUCUGCGAACACUGGUUCUACUGGCAGCUGCGCUUCUGCUUCAUGGGCGUCUGCUCCGGCCAGCCCGGCUUCGUCUUCUCGAUCAGCAGGGGCAUUUACAGCUGUAUUCAUGGAGUGCAGAUCGAGGAGAAAAGCAGCUCUGCACUGAACUCCCCAUCAGCCACCAUGAACAACACGCAUUCCAACAUUAUGCGCCUCUUACGCACUGCUAAGAACAUGGCCUCCCUGUCCGGGGUGAACGGCUCACCACACAGCGCUCUGGACUUCAUCCGUCGUGAAUCUUCAGUUUAUGACAUAUCAGAACACCGCCGCAGCUUGGCAGGCCAUUCAGACUGCAAACCUCCUUAUCUACCAGAAGACAACAUGUUUAGCGACUACAUCAGUGAGGUGGAGAGGACGUUUGGCAACCUCCACCUCAAGGACAGUAAUUUGUACCAGGACCACUACCUACACCACCACGGCUCAACGCUAGGGCUUAGCGGACCUCCUCCCAACAGACCCCAAAGUUUGGGAAGUGCUAGUUCUCUGGAGGGUGGCAUGUUCGACUGUGACAGUCUGGGUGGAGGGGUGGCCCCUAUUUUUACCACCCAGCCCUGCUCAGCACUGACCCACAGGAACAUGAGCAAGUUUGACCUGCUGUCUGGACAGACUCCUCCAUCGGGGCAAAGCUUCAAGGGAGGUCUGCCAGAUCUGUACGGCAAGUUCUCCUUCAAGGGGGGUGCCUCAAGUUCCACCUACAUCCCUGGACACAACUACUGUGGAGGGAGAGGAGAUGACGAUGGGAAUAUACGUUCAGAUGUCUCAGACAUUUCCACGCACACAGUAACUUAUGGUAACCUGGAGGGUAAUGCCAAGAAGCGCAAACAAUACCGUGAUAGCUUGAAAAAGAGGCCGGCCUCUGCCAAGUCCAGACGGGAGCUGGACGAGAUUGAGCUGGGCUACAGGAGGAAGCCCUACCACAUUAGCCACCACCACUACCACGGCCACCGCUCUGCCUCCCCACCACUUCUGCCCUCUGAACGUAAGAGAGGUGGUGGAGGAAGUGGAGGAGGAAACAACGAUGGGAACUCUUAUCUUUUCAGAGAAAAGGAGAGCGUUAGGGAUUUUUAUUUGGACCAGUUUCGGCCCAAAGAGGGCGUUCCUCAGUGGGAACAUGUGGACUUGACAGAGGGUCCUGGGAGCAGAGAUGGAGGCGUGGCCACUUGCACCUCCCUGGUACCAGUGGAUGACUUUCUAAAGAGCAAACCCAAAAAGUCCGAUUCAAAGAGCGGGGGUGGAUCUGGGUUGGCAGGAGGAGAGUGGGAGUGCAGGAACUGUCGGGCUAGCGGGGGAGCAGGGGGCAAGCAGAUGUCCAUCCAUGGAGGGGGUGGGUACGGUGGUAUGAGCUGUGGGUCCUCACAAGGCGGAAACAGCCGCCCCAGCUCUGCGACCUGCAUGCGCUGCGAAGGUUGUAAAAAGACAGGAAACCUCUAUGAUAUCAGCGAGGACAAUAACCACCUCUUGGAACAGAUGGGGGGAGGGCAAAGUGUGGUGGGAGGAGGUAUGGGUGCAGGCCCUCAGUCUCAAUCUCAGGCCCAGCAACGGAGGAAGAGUGGAGGGUUCGGUAAGCCACUGAGGCGGCAGCACUCAUAUGACGCGUUUGUUGACCUUCAGAAAGAGGAAUCGGGUGGAAUGGGAAGCUUGAUGGGAGGUUUAGGAGGAGGUGGAGGGAUGAGUGGUGCAGGUAUGGGAAUGCUGCCCCCACCCAGGAGUGUAAGCCUGAAGGAGAAAGAACGCUACGUGGAAGGCAGCAGCCCUUUCGCACACAUAUUUGACCGUCACGGAGGCUCAGAGAGGGACAGAGACAGGGACCCGCUGUUUUAUGGAGGUGACAGCCGGAAAGGACCUGGCUCGCCGUUUGGCCUGUUCCGAGGUGGCGAAGGCCUCCACCGCCGCUCCUUUGGAGAGAGAGACAUGAGAGACAGGGACAGGUCUCUGAUGGAAGGAGGAGGUGGGGCAGCUUUCUCUUUAUCCAAAUCUCUUUACCCUGACCGGGUAAACCAAAACCCCUUUAUACCCACCUUUGGCGACGACCAGUGUCUGAUGCACGGAGCCAAACAAUAUUACAUGAAAAAGCAACAGCAGCAGCAACAAGUUGCCAAAAACAGCCGAAGUGACUUCAGGAGCCAGAGUACCACGUCAUAUCUGCCAUCGUCUGCCACGACCGGGGUGAUGACCCCCCGGUUCCCGAAAGAGCUCAGCCUCGGUGGAAUGAACCACCACGGCUCCAUGCUGGGGGUCGGCCCCCCGCGUCCCUUCAACGGAAGCAAUGGCCAUGUGUACGAGAAACUCUCCAGCAUUGAGUCUGAUGUGUGAAAGAACAAACACGGGGAGGAGACGUGGACGAUGGCAGGGGAGGAGGAGGAGAGCAAUAGAGGCAUCUAGUGUUACAAGAUCAGGGAUGAUUCAAAAGACACUGUAGACACACUGAAACCUUAGCCCAUACCGAGACAGAGAGAUGAGAGGAAAGAGGAGAGAAACAAAAAAGGAGGAAAAGACUGAAAGGUAGAGACUCUGAAGUAUACAAAUAAGAGUAAGGGGGAUAAUUUUGCAAGAAAAUAUGGGUAAAAACAAUCAGGAGACCCUGAGGAGGUGUGGGAUGCUUACCCACUCUCAAAAAUGGCCAAAGCUACUCUACUUUUAUGUCCAAACAUACUCAAUUAACAUUCCCCUCGACCUCACAAAAGCACUCAAGUCCCAUCAUUUCAUCCGCCAGUGUGGUAGAAGUCAAUGUACUUGGUUGAAGUGAGGCGACACCUCGUCUUAGUUCGAUGUCGAGCUCGGCACGAGUUGACGGCUGUCUGAAGACUCCCGCUGAGCGCUCGUGAGGAAGGACAGCGAGAGCGGAGACGGGAGCGAACUGCCCAUCUGCCACUGUGUCACUGCAGAAAGUAGACAUGUUUACCAGAGCCGCGACACAGGAUAGGACUGGUGCUUCUCCAUCUUUCCCUCUCCCGCUCUCUCUAGAUGGAGGCCCGUCCAUCUCUCUUUGCCCCUGCACUCUUCUGUUCCCCCCUCUCCUCUUCCUCUCAGCCCCGCUCCUCCUCCUCCUCCUCCUCCUCCUCCUCCUCCUCCUCCUCAUGCCAAAAGAGCUGAUCUUGUUUGCUAUGAGAAAUACAAUCAUGAAUGAUAAUAACAUAUUCUUAUAGAAAAAACAGGGUAUAAGAACAACAAUAAUACUGAUAAUGUUGUGAAUAACAAAGAUGUUAGUGCUGAUUAUGAUAACACUGCUUAUGAUAUCACUAAGUUUUUCUUGUUUUGUGUUCUGUUGGUAUAAUAUUUCACUACUGUUUUAGUAUCUGUAGUUGUAUUCGGUCUGCCCCUGGUGGCAGCUGAAAGGUUGUUCUUAGUUCAACCAACAAGCCAGAAAGACUGACUCCUGUUUUUCUGUUUUCUGUAGAAUAUUUUACUCCAUUCUCAUAUGUUUAUUUGCUCCUCGUGGAAAAACAGGAUCUGGGAGACACAUUUUUGGAGCUGACAGAUCCUUAUUUGAUGUUUUCGAGACAUUACACGAAUCAAGUGCACACACACACACACUUAAACACAUAACAGUUUUUGUCGGUCUGAACUUGUGUUACUGUGAACAACAAUGUUUCGUCAGAAGCUGAAGAUACUGAGAGGAAGGACGUGCCUUAAUGGUCUCCGGUGGAAGUGUCCUCCAGUUCACAAGUGGUCCUCACACGGCAGCAACCAGGAAGGACCGGGCUGCUUCGCGUCACAUUUAUGAGCCAAAACUGCAGUAAAAAUUUACAGCAGGGUCGAGACGCUGCUGCUGCUGCUGCUGCUGAUGGUUUCGAUACAAGAUGCCGUUUAAGAUCUUUUAUAACUUCGUAAAAAUAUUUCAUAUGUAAAGUGUGGGCGGUGUUUUAUGAACCAAUUGUAUUCAGGAUGUCCCGUUGUUAACGGAUAGACCGACGCGUCUCAAUUCACAACAUGGCAGCCUUUAGACCACUUCUUUUAUUCAGGUUACAUGACAACUGUCACCAGGCACUUACUUUUUUCGGCCUCUCACUAGUAUCUCGUCGAAGGCAUUACUUUUCACUCAGUCGGAAAGCUUUGUCUGGACAUUGUGUAUAAUUAAUAUAUGCACUGUCGUUUAUGUAGGCGAAUCGCCGAAUGAAAAUACAACAGAAAUGUGUAGGUGAAGUGUUGUUGCCCCACGACAAUGAUAAAAGCUCGAGCCGAGGAGGAUGUCUAUUUGAGAGAGGCUUCUUAAACGCUGACUGAGGGAAGGCGGCCAUCUUGCGAGAGAUUGCUUUUUACUUUGACUGAUGUAGAUAGUCUUUUUAGCUGAAGAGGCCUCAUUUAUUGCACAGGACUUUUUACUCAGUGUAGGUUUCAGGCACUCAGUAGACAUGCCUUAUCAUCCCAUUGCUACCCCCCACCCCACCCCACCCCCGAGCUGUCUGAUGAUGACUCAUCGCGUUACUGUACAGAACAGAGAAGAAGCCUCUACUAGUUAUUUAAAGGUUUUGAUCUUCGAUUAGCCGGUGUCAGAAGUUCAAGGGCUGCGGGAGAUUGCGCAGGAGUGCUGGCCUGAGACGGGAGCCGCUCGAGUGUGUAGAUCUUCGUCAUUCGCGAUCUUCAACCCCCGAUCUAAACGCACCCGUGUAAUAAGUUGUGUGUGUAUGCGGAGGGAAAUCACAAUUGAGUGAUAACAGCAGAUUUUUUUUUCUCUUCUUCUUCUUCUUCCCGCUAACACUGCUGAUAACUAUUCAUAAAUUCAACAACCUCUUCUCCUCCCUCGCUCCGCAGAUAACACUGUCAAAGCGAGACUGAUCGAGUUAGCCUUAAAUCAGAUUCAUCCUCCCUGCCCCCACGCCGCCAUUGACUCUCCUAAUAAAUAGAUUGGGAUCUCUGGAAUUUUUAUACGCACACUUUUUGAAAGUUCAGGUCAACCAUUAUCAGCGAGGUGUUACAAGAAGGAGACACUAGGACGAGGAUGUGACAAGGAAAUAAGAAGGAGAAGAAGAAAGACUGUGGGUUGAGUGGGCAUCAAUCAGUGUCAGCAUUAGUAUGUUAAAUCUUUUCCUUGUAAAUAAUAUAUUUAAAAAUGUUUUCACUUUGUACAGUAAACAGACAGACAGGAUGUAACUUUAAAUAUGUUUUACAGCAAUUUAAGAAAUAAACAAAACAAUGAUAAAAACUCAUAAAAACAAAAAAGACAUGAACAAAAAUAUGCAAAAUAUAGUUAAGACACAAAUAUUACUAAUCAUAAGUGAUAUAAUUGAACCUCUUUUUCUUUCAAUCUCAUGUUUACUUAAUUAUAAUAGUUUACCAAUCAGUAUACUGAUUAUGUUAAGAAUUAUGCUUUCUUCUUAUUUUCACUGAAGUGUUGGAAAUUGAGGAUAAUUUACUGUAGGUGUAGACGUUUGGUGAUAAAAAAGGGGAAAGUUUAGUUUUAGGAGUCUUUGCUAAGUUUCCCUUGAAUUGUGUUAGAUUCUCUCUUUUUAAGGUAAGCUAUUCUUCAUGCUUUUUGAGAUAAAUUUAAUUAUCUACACAUUUAUGUAAUACAAUAUUACAUGUAUACAGAGAUGAUAUUUGCAUAUAGAGGCAGUAUAUUGUGAUCUUUCAUUUUUAAGCAGCGAUCCUUGUUAAAAACUUUCGAGAGAUUUGUGUUUUUGUUGCCCGUUUUUUUGACCUGGGCUCUAAUGGUGAUUGCACACAGAAUUUAGAGCCAUCGUCGGCCCGGCCUAUCCUGCUCCCUCUCCAUGUUUGGGAUAGACAUCACUGUGGUAACGGAAGAAAUAUAUAUAUAUACAUAUAUAUAUGUAUAUAUAUAUAUUAUUACACACACACACACACACAUGCACACACGUUAAGGAGACACAAAAAUGUGCACUGGACGUUUCCCGGUGUUGAUGUUGUUGAUAUCGCUGAGAAUUUCAGCACAAUAUUGUGGAGAAGCCAAGAGUGAGUGUAGUUUAUUGAGAAUCCACUUGAAGCUGAAAUGCAUUUGUGCAACCCCUUAUUAAAAGGUGAAACAUUUGUUCUGUCACGUCUCAUUUUAUGUCCAGUUUUUUUGCUACGGGGGAACGUUGCUUCAUUUUAGCUCACAUAUUACUAAACUGUGUGAUUUGACAGCUGAAAAUGCUUCGGAUUCUAAUUUACUCUGUGCAACUUUGCGUGUGUUUCUCCGCACGAGACGGGGGAAAUAUAAUUUGUUGUGUACAUAUGCAAUCCCGUCCCCAUGCAGUCACAAAUUAUUUCCUCGCUCUUAAAGUCUCUAUAAUCUUCUCCCUUCAGCCCUGAGAGAAGAAAUUCAUCUCUCUACUGUUUUUCUCCUCAACUGCUUUCAUGUCUGGAGGGUUGAUUGAAAAGUGAAAAAUGUAUCCAUGUGCGCAUAAACUCUGUUAGGUUUGCAUAUUUUUCUUGCACGCCACCACAUUUAUUCUCCUCAUUUGCAAUAAACAGCAUGACCAAACAGAAAAUUGUACACUGUAUGUGCCAAUACAUCAGUUCUUGCUGUUUUUGUUUUUGUUUUUUUCUUUCUUUUUUCUUCCCAGGCAUUUAAAGCUAAGCUAGGGCUACUGGUUGGGAAAUGGAGGUGCACCUGACACUGUGGUAAACAUGCUAUCAUCAGGCCUUUACCACCUCCAGCUGCUCUGCUCUGCAGCCGGCAAGGCGUGCAGGUCUGGCAGAGUAAGCAGGGCUCAUCGGAAAGUCUUUAUUUCCCUUAAGGCCGAAUCGGUCCCAGCCUCCCUUCUCCGCACAUGCCACAACACAUUUGUUCAUGCAGAGCAAAACACUGUGUCACUUCUUUUUUUUUAAAUUCCAAGAAAUGGCUGUGGCAAGUUUAGUGAGGCUGGAACAUCCCGAAGGUGGAGGAUCUAAAUAUCACCUCAGCUGACGUGUGUUUUUCUGUCAGGAAUUCUGGCACACAUGGGACCAAAUAAAAGCACGACACGGUCAGCUGCAGGGACUGACGGAGGGACUUGUGGAAAAUGUGUUUUUGCAUCUUGGAGGAAUUGACACAUCGAUAUUUCUCCCGUUCACGGUAAUUUUAAAUUCACCCGUGUGGUUCCAUCUCAUGCAGACAGGAAGAAUUCUACUGUGAUAUUAUAUAGAACCGAUCCAUUCUGAUCGUCCAUGUAAUUUAUAUAAUUUUCAUCCUAAUCCAUUGGAGAACUUGAACAUUUUAGAGUUCUGUCUGUGUAUAUGCGUGUUAUGUACUGCUUUAUAUUGAUGCACACAAAAUUUUCUAUUAAAUUGUGUACAGUUUUGUUUGUUUGUUAAUAUUGCUAUUUUCCAUCUUUAUCAUUCAGGACUUGAGAAUCGAUUGCUCUGACUGGGGUGAAAACCGCUGGUGACAUAAGGGGUUGCUACUAAAUGUAUUUCACACCUUUAUGAAAACAUAAAUCUAUCACUGGAGCUACACAGCCUGAUCAAAUUAACUGUGGCUGACAAAAUGUAACAUAUAAUUGUAUACAUAAUGCUAUACAUAAUAUUAUUCUUGGCCAUUCCUUUCUCUUUUUGUGGCCCUUUUCUUUGAAAUAAUACCAAAAUUUUUACACCAUACGAACAGAAAACCACACAAAAACAAAUAAUUGUACAGGUUGUGUAAAUACUGGAUAUUGGGGAAAAUAUUUACCUUCGGUUUUUUUGUAUGGAAACGAUCAAAGUAAUCUCAAUAACAAAAUUAACCACGUCAUGACAAAAUUGCAAAAAAUCAUCAUUAAGGUACUUCUAAUAAGGAUAAUACUGAUAUCUACAAUUAUAAGUGCUGAAAUAAGACUAUUCUUUCUCUUUGUACAUGAUGAACAAAAUGAAGUGUUGAGUAUUAAUAAUAAAAAACUAUAAGUUUCA